AUGGAUGCUCCUGUCACUGAUCGGGCACUUGUUAUGCAUCUGCUGAAUGGUCUCUCUGACAAAUUUGAUAACAUCAUCAAUGUCAUCAAACACAAGACACCAUUCCCGUCUUUUGCUACUACCCGUUCAAUGCUCAUCAUGGAGGAAGACCGUCUCGCAAAACAGAGCAAGCCGCUGCCUAGCAACACCGACAAUUCCUCCACUCCGACUGUUCUCUACACAACAUCGGAUCAACAACAGCCACGAAACCAACAUCACCAAGGCAAAGGCAACAAUAAUCGCGGUCAUGGUGACAGGAACAAUCGUGGUAAGGGGCGUUCUAACAACAACUCGUGGCAGCCCCGUCCGUAUGGUCCGUCGCAGUGGUCGUAUGGGCCAUCUCAAUGGCCAAUGUCAUACGGAUACCCACCGUAUCCUCCACAACAGCCAUAUCAGAUGCCUCCAUUCUACUCGUGA